AUGUCGAAGCCCGGCACGCGCAUCAGCGUGACGCCCCGCGGGCCUCGUGCACCUGUCGGGCGUCUGGCUACUACCAGGGCUCCGACCCCGACUCCUAUCAGGCGUCCUUCCUUAAUCGGACGCCCUCAACCUUCUCGACCGACUACACAUCCCAAGACUUCAAGCUGUCCCAACCCAGGCUGCCCCGCUCCCCACAUCGUUGAAGAUGAAGGCCAAAAGGUCUGCUCCGGAUGUGGUACUGUCAUCAGUGAAUCCAACAUCGUGUCCGAAGUCACCUUCGGUGAGACCUCAUCCGGUGCUGCUGUUGUUCAGGGUACUUUCGUCGGAGAAGACCAGACCCAUGUGCGCAGCUUCGGCCCCGGUUUCCAGCGAGGUGGUGCAAUGGAGAGUCGAGAGAUGACCGAAGCAAAUGGAAACCGCUAUAUCAACCAGCUGGCACGAGCUUUGACCAUCCCGGAGAGUGCUACGAAGGCUGCUGGCCAGGUUUUCAAGCUCGCCGUGGGAUUGAAUUUCAUCCAAGGUCGCCGAACCAAAACUGUUGCUGCGGUAUGUCUGUACAUUGCUUGUCGUCGCCAGGACGGCAACACGGUCAUGUUGAUCGAUUUUGCCGAUGUACUGAUGAUCAACGUCUUCAAACUUGGUCGCACCUAUAAAGCUCUUCUCGACGAGCUCCGCCUGGGAGGAAACGUUUUUCUAAUGAACCCCAUCGACCCUGAGAGUCUCAUUUACCGAUUUGCCAAACAAUUGGAGUUUGGAACGGCUACCAUGCAAGUCGCCGGUGAGGCUGUCCGUAUCGUGCAGCGAAUGAAUCGUGAUUGGAUGACCACCGGUCGACGACCGGCCGGUGUCUGUGGUGCAGCAUUGAUUCUUGCUGCGCGAAUGAACAAUUUCCGCCGAACCGUCCGUGAGGUGGUCUACGUUGUCAAGGUGACAGAAAUCACCAUCAGCCAGCGCCUGAACGAGUUCAGCUCAACCGAGAGUGGAGAAUUGACGGUUGAUCAAUUCCGCUCUGUACAACUAGAAAAUGCGCACGAUCCACCCUCCUUCACCCGAGCAAGAGAAGGUCGCAAGCCAAGUCACAUCAACAAGAAGGGCGCAGAGACUGCAGCAGAACUUGAAUGGGAUACCGAAAGCGAAUUUGGAUCGGUUCAACCUUCAAGGGUUGACGCCGAUGGCUUUGCCAUUCCAAACCUGCCCAUUGACCCUGCUUUGAUGGAGAAGACACGCCGGCGUUCUUCCAUUGCCAAGGCCGUGAACGAAGUCAUCGAAAAGACCGAAAAGGAUCAGGGUGAUUCUAAGAUCAAAGGCAAGCGGAAGCGAGAACCUCUUCCCGCCCCAUCUGAGGAGCAAGUUGCAUCCGAAGAUGCUCUCGAAGAUGAGAUGCGGACCAUGCUUGCCAAGGGCUCCAACAUGAUUGAGAGCAUGGUCGAGCCCGAGCAGAAAAAGCACAUUCCCGACGAUACCGAAAUUGCUGAGACCGAGUUCGAGGAUGAUCCAGAAGUCAAGAAUUGCCUCUUGACGCCUUCCGAAGUCGAAUUUAAAGAGACUAUCUGGGUCUCCGAGAACAAAGAGUACCUCCGCACGCAACAAGCCAAGGCACUCAAGCGCGCGCUGGCCGAAGCAACCGCCGGUCCAUCUUCCCAUAAGCCUCGCAAGCGCCGCAAGGGCCGGAUGGGCGACGUCUCCUACCUCGAAGGUGAGGGCGAUGGCGAAGACGGCCGCAGCUCUCGUGCAUCGACUCCCGCAGAAGCGACCCGUCGGAUGCUGGAACGACGUGGCUACAGUAAAAAAAUCAAUUACAAUGCUCUGAAUGACCUCUACGGUGGAGAAGAAGCAGGCGAAAAUGCCAAGGCUGAGAGUUUGAGCCGAAGCCAGAGUCGCAGCGUCAGUGUUGCCUCGCGCCGAAGCACCAGUCGGGCACCCGAGCCAGUAUCUCGCCGCGGAGCUCGAGCCACCCCAGUGAAGGCACGCUCUACCCGUCCUCAGACUUCUGCUCCUCGGCCCACUCCGCCACCGACGCAGUCCCAGCCAGCCGAGCCAGUCUCCGGUCCCGCCGGCAAGGAUGACCUUGGGGAGGAAGAGCACCCCGAUCCGGACGAUGUGGAAGAUGAUGAGGAUGACGAUAUGGAGGAUGACCACGUCGAUGAUGCAUUCGCCGGCAACUACAGCAGGUACGAUGAGGAUGAUUAUUACGGAGGCAGUGACGAUGACUUCUGA